CCUUACCCGGACAAAUGGUAUCAGACCCAUCAGUGAAUAUUUUCGAGUUGAAGCCAGAACUUCACUGGAACGCAAACUGUCAGGAUUACCACAGGUUCACCAACCUACUAUUCUUAUUACCGAUGACUGAACCAAUUAGCUAACGCGCGUUGGUCUGUUCAAGGUUACGAUCAUAUGGAUAUAAACGGAGGUCUGUUUAACGAAUCAGGAGAAUAUGAACAAACCAUAGAUGAGCAAAUCCCAGCAAUAUACACUUCGGAGGAUGAACGUAUUCGGACACCAGCUGUCUUAUCAGAUACCUCGCGCUCACCCAUUUUUUCCGAUAACCGUCAGCAAGUAGUACAACCGUUAAGAAGUGAUAAUAAACAUGCGGAAAACGAUACAAAUAACUCGUCAGUACCAACAAAGAAAGCUAGAUUAGCAAUUCCUUCGGGUUUAGUUUCCUAUGCCAUCGACGAAGAUGAUGAUGAGCAUACGGUGUUAGAUACAGAUCAGAACACUGAUUCUGAUGGUGAAAAUGAUCCUAAAUCAAAAGGUGACCAUGGAUUCCAUCUUGGUAGUAUGGAUAUCCCGUUGGAUAAUUCGGGUGGACCCCCAACUAUUUUCAGUUCUGACCAGCCUAUCAACAUCUUGUCCCAAAACCAAGUUCAUAUUUCAGAACCAGUAAAUGAUGUAAAAAAUCCAAACUUAAUCACUAUUGAAGCGAAGGCAGAAAGUCCUACCCUUACAGAACGCCUUAUUCAAGCGGUUCAAUUGCCCUCUGAACCUACUGGUCACUGUUCAAUGGUGCUUCAAGAAAGAGUAGAGCGAGCAGUGCGUCGUAUGCGCUUGGAUAUAAGCUACGAUCCUAACAGAGCAAUUCAAGAUAACAAAGCGUUCCGUAAUCCCAGUAUUUAUGAAAAGCUGAUCGAUUUUUUGAAAAUUGACGAGAAAGGAACUAACUUCUCUACAGAUAUAUACGAUCCCUAUCGUUGGACUCCGCAGUCAUAUUAUGAAGAACUUGCAAAGGUGCAAAAUCGUGAAAUCGACCGACUGAUGAAAAUGCAAAAAGAACUUAAAAAAUCUGACCCAAAUACAACGAAUGCAAACAACAGCACAAGUGCGAAUGCACCUAAAAAUCCAAUUACUAGCACAGACAAACCCAUUACUACAUCUGGAGGGUCCGUUUCUACGGGGUACAUAGGUUAGCUAAUGUAUUUUUCUGAACUAUAUCUAUUUCUCCCUUAAAAAACGUGCUGAAGAAAGUGUAGAUAUGACAGUGUCAUAACACACAUGAAUCAACCAAAAAAACCAAGUAAAUGGGACACAGGUAUUCCUACCAACGUUCAGCCCCAUGAUACAUCCUCAGAAUCUGUUAAGUUAUCUGUUCCUCCCGUUGGAAGUUUGAUCAAACGAAAUUAAAACUAAUCCAAGUUACUAGAUAAUGACUUUGAAAUACGCUGCUCUUUUUAUAAUUUUUCGGAAAUAUUUUUCAAAAUGUUAAUACAACAAUAAAAGUGAAAUACUCAACCAUGUUAAUUUGUGUAAAAGAGAUCAUUUGCUCCAAUCAACUAACUGUUAAGAGAUAAACGUUUACGCAUAGAUAUAAUGAUUAGGAUUAACUUGAGGUUCCUGAUAACUGUCUUCCUGCGUUUUGUGAUGUGAGGCUGAUGCAGGUAAAGAUGACGGUAGAUUAUGCUUUAGAUCAGGUCUAACUUGUGUACCAGGAAUGUUCUGAUUAUACAGCGCGUUGUUCGCGGGUGACCAAUUCAUGAUAAACGAGUUUGUUGCUCGCGUCCAGUCAUCUUUAUAAACCUAAAAUAGCAGAAAACUUCCUUUUUUUAAUACUAAAUAACUGAGAUGCAUUUUCUUAAAUUACAUAUAUUGUUCCAUUUUCUAAA